GGCUACCAGAUAAUCAAGACUUACCAAAGUUGGCCGCCCGUUCUACAUCCCCGUUCGUCUUCUACUUCCCCAUUCCACCUCCAAGUCAGCAGACUCUCUCACGACAAAAGCACAACUGAGACGACCGGGCUACGAGUCCUGUCAUCCAGCGGAACCCCCUGACCCCCAGGGACUCACCCUUAGAGCAUACUUGGCGCUCUUCUCCGAGAUUCCCAUGGCAGUGAGCCUCUCAACCAUAUCGCCAUCGACAGAAUGUCUAUGCAACGACAUCUCUUCUAAUGGCUACCUCUUGUGGUCUUAUUAUUAUCUACUUGGUGGUGUUGCUUGCGAGACUGGUCGUCCUGGUUUCUCGAUGUCAAUUUCUUGCUUCUUGCAAGUUAUCCGGUUCGGGCAAAUCCUACGAGCAGACCCUGAGUAAAGUAUCCUAUCCUCGAAAAACGACCCCUCGUUCAGACACAAUCAUCUAUCGAUCGCCCUACAAGCAUCGUCAUCUCCGGACCAACUCGCAGACGACGACGAGACCGCCAAGCCCGAAUCCGUUCGCGUCCGCGCCCCGCGAUUCCGGAUCUGACGAAGCAUCAAGAGUACCGCAAGUCUCGGCGGCAUUGUCGAUCAUCCGCGGUGCAACCGAAAUGGGUAUGUCAAUCUGAAACGCCCACGUACUACACGGAUACAACCAAGACGCGCUCAAAAGAUCGGCACAUACAGGCCUUCCUC